CAAAGAGAGCAGCGAGUAUUACAGUUGUAGCUAGAUAAACAAGCUGUAAAAAGCUUGUUGUAGUUCACUCUUGCCAAUUUGAUGUAUUUUGUACUGUUUUAUGUGUUGGCGUGUUUAUCGACAUGUCACUGUCUGAGCGAAAAGGAUGAGAAGAAUGAGAACUAUUGUGGUCUUCUGAAGCAGUUGCUUGAGUUCUCACCAGUUUCAUUUGAGAUCAACAAGAGGGGUUUUCACAGGGAGGUCAUAACCACUGUGGAGCUCAACCCUGAUGUGUUUAGUGGGCUCAGGGUUUUGCUGGUCCACAGAUGGCCCAGAGGUGUCUAUCUCGAUCCAUACCAACUUGCAUCUCUGAGUGGUCAAACUGAUUGGCAGAUAUUACUAGAUUCAGCGAUUGACCUUGAGGUGCCUGCUCACAAGACAUCAGGAUUUGUCAGCUAUGUGUAUCCCACUCCUGAUGAACCAACUUCCAGACUGCUAAAAGUAACAAUUCCCAUACACGGUCGUUACCACGAGCCUUCUUUUGAUGGGAAACAAUUUACAUCUGUUGACAUAGAACCUCCAGAGCUGCUGCUGCGGGCUGAAAAAUGUGUGCAGCUCAACAACGUAGAACCUCAUACUGUUGUGCACGCUCCCUGUGCACCUGACAGUUCAAGCACAUGUUCAUGGGUCAAACUCCAGCACCAGCAGGAGCAAGGCCCCGUGGGUUUACAGUUCCCAGUUGGUGGCGGGUCUUUGGUGAUGCCUGUAUGCGGUGGAACUCUUCUAGUCACGAUGAUCUGCUGUGCUGCCCUGUCCAAAUACAUGUGGCAACAUCGAAUCACAUGAUAUGGUCAUCAUAUCUUGUGUUUAACAACUCAGGAGCUUAUAAUAUAUCUUGUCUGAUAAUUGGAUCAUUCUGUGAUCACUUCGACCAAAGUCAUAGAGCAUCUUAUUUUUUGAGGUGACACAGUCAGAAAUCAGGUGUAUUUUACAUCUGUCCAGGGUCCUGGAUUUAGUCUGCAAAGUAAUCCAGAAUAAUGGAACCACUUAACCUGGUUUUUGGAAAAGACCCCAAUUACUGUAAGUUAAAGUCUUUGUUUUGGUUUGUCCUCUACUUUUUGUGCAAGACUUUCUCCUGUUAUAGUCUUGGAUCAGAAGUAGGAGCAUAGCUCAGAUCAUACAGGAAGAUGACACUUUAUUUUUUUAUGUAUUCAGUUCAGUUCACUCAAACAUGUCUGUGGCCCUAGGUCAUGUUGUUAGGAUGUAUUUUAUCCCAACUGCAAACAAUGUGUUAAUAUAAUAAAAUAAAAU